AAAAGAAGCGGAUGGGAGCUUGUAGUUGUUGCAGCUUAUAUGUCUGCAGUGCUGUUGUGAAAUAAAAACUGAGUACAGGACACACACACACACCACACACACACACACACACACACCACACACACACACAGUUACUUCAGUGGAGGUUUUUGCAUUCUGUCUGCGUACAUUGAUUAUAUAUUUCAGAGUUUCUCUCUUUUAAGACACAUUUGGACCUGAUUCCACGUGUUUUUAAUCCAAUUUCAUCCUCCCCUUGAAUGUGAUCACUGUAUACUGAAUGACAUUGGCCACAUCCUGCAUCGUGCUUUUCUCCUCAAACGCCACAUGCUCUUUAAAAGUCGAGCCAAAAAAAAAAAAGGCAAAAAAAAAAAACUUCUCUUCCAGCCAAGCUGCGUAUAUAGUGUGCCACUCCAAGUCUACGUUGUGUUUAUCGGCAUUUAGCACUAAUGUUCAAGCUCUGAGCUAAAAGCUACAGUUUCUCCUCAACUCCUGCCUCUCAAUUGGUGGAGAACGGUCAGCUGACGUUGUCAUAUUGUCUCUCACCGAGCCAAGCCUCGGCUAUAACACUCGGGUUUGUGCGUCUUAACCGGAGAUUGGAAAUUAAUAAUAUUGAAUCCUCAAAGUAGCCCACGGUCCAGUAAGAGAGGCAGAAAAGUCGAGGGAAAAAAAGAAGACCUUGGAGAAAGGUGUGGUUGGUUGACAGACACACACACACGGGAAGGAGAUUUACUGAGAAGGAGAUUGAAAAGAGACUCGAUAAAGAAGUGGGGAGAGUUGGAGAGAGGGUUACCAGCAAGGUAUGAAUUCUUAUUUCGCAAACCCGUCGCUCUCCUGCCAUUUAUCCGGUGGUCAAGAUGUUUUGCCUAACGUGCCCCUAAACUCCACCACCUAUGACACAGUGAGACAUUUUUCGUCGUACGGUGCAGCUGUGACCCAGAAUCGGAUAUACGCACCUUUCUACUCCCCUCAAGAUAAUGUCGUUUUUGGCUCUGGCAGGGCACAGUAUGAAUAUGGAUCAAACGUAUUUCUUCAAGACAAAGACGUGCUGCCCAGCUGCAGGCAAACAAACAUGGGACUCAAUACACAAAGCCACAUUGCUCAAGAGUACAGUCUGGAUCAAGGAAGAGCAGGAGCUCAGGACCAGAAAAGUAACAUCCCGAUCUACCCGUGGAUGCAGCGAAUGAACUCACACAGCGCAGGAGUCGGCUACGGGACAGACAGGCGCAGAGGACGUCAGAUAUACUCUCGUUACCAAACGCUUGAGCUGGAGAAGGAAUUUCAUUUCAACCGCUACCUGACCAGGCGCAGACGCAUCGAAAUCGCCAACGCGCUUUGUUUAACGGAGCGCCAGAUCAAAAUCUGGUUUCAGAACCGACGCAUGAAAUGGAAGAAAGAGAGCAACCUGACCUCCACGGUGACUGGAAGUGAACAGACAGGAUCCUCUCAGGAGGAGGAACGCAAUGGCGCAAUUGAAGAAGGGAAGGAUGAGGACAAGAAGAAAGAAUAAAGAAGAACAAAAUGAAAAUAAAAAACAAAAAAACACACCUUGAUGACCAUUAAGACCCAACAUAACUACCUAAAAAUCUAUAUGGACUUGAGAGCGACUUCACUGCAUGAUGCUACCCCGCAGCUCUCCCACUUUUAUCUCAUGUUGAGGAGUGUUGAGCCUUAGAAAUCCAAAUUAUUUCAACCACAGUAUAACCCCCCCUUUGUGACAUUUGGGGCAUUGAGUUGUUUUUUUUUAUUAUUAAUAAUAUUAUUGCGAUGUCACACUUGUAUUGUGAAAAUAAAAAGAAGUAUUAAUUUCUACGUUAUUUCCUAUACCAGGAAUAUGUGUGUAUUUACCCCCCACACCCCAUCCGUCACUGUGAACUCUUUGAUCAACCCACUAAAUACAGUGUUGGUCUGACUUUUACUCAUUAUUGUACAUGCACAUUCCCCGGGAGGAAAAAAGGGACCCGGCCGGACACUUGAUCACAGUAAUAAUCUACUACUUGAAUCGUCCGCAGAAGAAGAAGAAGAAAAAAAGUGCCCUGCAUUAACCUUAAAAGUUGCACGGAGAGUCUCCAGUCCACACACACACAAAACACAACUGAAAUGCCUGUAUAUAAUGAAAGUAACAGUAUAAAAUGUAAAUCCAGUGAACACUUAUGUGCAUUUAGCCGCUUUGAUAGACGCUGCAAAACAUACAAUUGCGCUUAGCCUCCCCCCCUCCUUCUUCCUUGUUUUUAUUUUUAUUUUGGAUCACAAUAGGCUUCCUUGUGAGAUAGAUUUGUACACUAGUAAUUCUUCACUUUUGUUUGAGAGUUACAAAGUCAUGUUUUUGUCAUAAUUGUGUAUCAUGGAAUAAAAUAUUUGUAAAACUUU